CUUUUUCGCCCUGUGAGAUGCAGGUCCAGGGUGUCGGUAAGGAAGACGCUGGGACACCCAGAAGCCGGGAGAUGGGGUUGUUGUCAUUCAAGGAUGUGGCCAUCGAAUUCUCUCCAGAGGAGUGGGAAUGCCUAGACUCCCCUCAGCGAAUAUUGUAUAGGACUGUGAUGUUAGAGAUCCAUAGAAACCUGGUUUUUCUAGGAAUUGCUGUCUCUAAGCCAGAUCUUAUUACAUGUCUGGAGCAAAGGAAAGAGCCCUGGGAUGUGAAGAGACGUGGCACAUUAGCCAAACUUCCAGCUGUGACUUCUCAUUACACUGAAGGCCUUUUGCCAGAGAAGAGCAUAGAAGGCUCCCUUGCAAAGGUGCCAAUGGGAAAAUAUGUGAUCCAUACUGGAGAGAAACCCUACAAAUGUGAAGAAUGUGGCAAAGCCUUUCUCAUUCAUACACUCCUUACUCGACAUGCAAUGAGCCAUACUGGACAGAAACCCUACAAAUGUAAAGAAUGUGGCAAAGCCUUUAAGUUUCGUUCACACUUUACUCAACAUAUUGUGAUCCAUACUAGCGAAAAACCCUACAAAUGUGAAGAAUGUGGCAAAACCUUUCCAAUUCUUUCACACCUUACUCAACAUAUGGUGAUGCAUACUGGAGAGAAACCCUAUAAAUGUAAAGAAUGUGGCAAAGCCUUUCAACAUCAUUCAAACCUUUCUCGACAUACACUGAGCCAUAAUAGACAGAAAUCCUACAAAUGUGAAGAAUGUGGCAAAGCCUUUAACUUUCUUUCACUCCUUACACAACAUACGAUGAUCCAUACUGGAGAGAAACCCUACAAAUGUGGAGAAUGUGGCAAAGGCUUUCGCUCUCGUGGAGAAUUUGCUGGACAUAAGAACAUUCAUACUGGAGAGAAACCCUAUAAAUGUGCAGAAUGUGGAAAAGCCUUUUACUAUCGUUCACAUCUUACUGAACAUACAGUGAUCCAUACUGGAGAGACACCCUACAAAUGUGAAGAAUGUGGCAAAGCCUUUAUGUUUCAUUCACGCCUUACUCGACAUAUGGUGAUCCAUACUGGAGAGAAACCCUACAAAUGUGAAGAAUGUGGCAAAGCCUUUCAAACUCUUUCAUAUCUUACUGUACAUAGAGUGAUCCAUACUGGAAUGAAACCCUACAAAUGUAAAGAAUGUGGCAAAGCCUUUCUGUUUCAUUCACGCCUUACUCUACAUAUGGUGAUCCAUACUGGAGAGAAACCCUACAGAUGUGAAGAAUGUGGCAAAGCCUUUCAAAUUCUUUCACGCCUUACUCAACAUAUGGCGAUCCAUACUGGAGAGAAACCCUAUAAAUGUGAAGAAUGUGGCAAAGCCUAUCAAACUCAUUCACAUCUUACUCGACAUAUGGAGAUCCAUACUGGAGAGAAACCCUAUAAAUGUGAACAAUGUGGCAAAGCCUUUACAUCUCGUUCAGAUCUUACUCGACAUACAAUGAUCCAUACUGGAGAGAAACCCUACAAAUGUGCAGAAUGUGGCAAAGUCUUUACAUCUCGUUCAGUUCUUACUCGACAUAGAGUGAUCCAUACUGGAGAGAAACCCUACAAAUGUGCAGAAUGUGGCAAAGCCUUUAGGUAUCGUUCAGAUCUUACUCAACAUACAGUGAUCCAUACUGGAGAGAAACCCUACAAAUGUGCAGAAUGUGGCAAGGCCUAUCAAUCUCACUCUGGAUUUUAUCGACAUAAGGCCAUGCAUACUGGGGAGAAAUCUUAA